ACCAAGGCCCAACGACGUCCAGUCUGUCAAAAUGAUACACAGAUUAAUGUAAAGGGCAAUUUCGUCUUUUAAGGACCUGACCCCAUAUAAAAUUCCGUUCUCCUGCCCAUCCUCUUGAUCGCGUGGCUCGAAAGCAUUUCAAGAACAAACAGCCAGAAGACCCCAGAGAAGGUGAAAAGAGCAAAAAGACAUGGUUGCCCCAAACAAGGAUCCCAGGGAAGAAGUCAUUCAAGCAUGGUAUAUGGAUGAUAGUGAUGAGGACCAGAGAUUGCCACACCACAAGGAUCCUAAGGAAUUUGUAUCUCUGGAUCAACUUUCUGAGCUUGGAGUACUUAGUUGGAGACUCGAUGCUGACAAUUAUGAAACAGAUGAAGAAUUGAAGAAGCUUCGUGAAGAACGUGGAUAUUCCUACAUGGACAUAUGUGAUGUUUGCCCAGAGAAGCUGCCAAAUUAUGAGCAGAAGCUUAAAGACUUUUUUGAAGAACAUCUUCACACUGACGAGGAGAUCCGCUACUGUUUGGAUGGAAGUGGUUAUUUUGAUGUCAGGGACCAUAAUGACCGUUGGAUUCGUGUUUGGGUGAAGAAAGGGGGAAUGAUUGUCUUGCCUGCUGGAAUUUAUCACCGCUUUACUCUAGAUAGUGACAACUACAUCAAGGCAAUGCGACUUUUUGUUGGUGAUCCAGUGUGGACUCCAUUCAACCGUCCACAUGAUCAUCUACCGGAAAGGAAGGAGUAUCUCAAAGCUUUUGUGCAGCGUGAAGUUGGUGAUCAUGCUGUCGAUGCAGCUGCAUGAAAUCCGAUGCUGCAGAAGUGAAAAUGAACUGCCUUGUUGGCUUCAAAAACAAUACCAUAAAUAAUUUGCAGUUUAUAUGGAUGGUUUGCAUGUACUCCGCUCUUUGUUAUUAUCAUAAAUAGUUUUGUGGUGUGUUUGUUUGUAGCUUGUAUGUGCUUUACCUGAAAAUACUGACAAACUUGCUAUAAUAUGUAUAUCUGCCAUUCUUGCUGUUCUUGGACAGCAACAUAAUUAUGCUUGCUUAAUGAAAUUUACCAUAUAUGA